AUGCCCGGCAUCAAACGAACCCGAAUAAUCCUCGCAUUGGUCAUCACAUGUGCCCUGAUGUUACUGUUCAGGGGCAAUGAAGCAACCUUCCAAUCUUCUCAAUCAACCAAACACACAAUCCCAGAGCAAUCUCUAGAAGAUUCCUCACUCAACAGUGAGGUCUCCCCCGGUCAUUUAGCUGCUCCAAUACUCGACAGCAACCUAGAAUACCACCCGCCGCUAUUACAACAGACAAAACUCAUUGCAGAUGCACAUAGACUCACGACGGCCGACGAUUUUAUCCACCAUUUCGCUGCCGUUACAGCUCUGAAAGGUAUUACUCAGCGAGAGGCCCGCGCAACAUGUACUUGGCCGGCCGACACCUACGUUGACUUCCAGUUCUCCGACACGCUGGAAUGGGUCCUCGAGGAACGUCCGGUGCUGGAGAUUGAGCUCCGUCGGCGAGAGUGGCACGAAUUCAUCCAAGGCCAGAUGAUUCCGUAUGCGAAUGUCAAAGACCGGUUCUCAGGCCGCGGACUGGCCAUUGUUGUAGGUAACGCAGACACGGUGAUGCGCGUCAAGAUCAUCUUGCGCCAGCUGAAGAGACUUGGUUCGACGAUUGCCGUGGAGAUCACUAUUGGGACACCGAGAUGA